UUCAACGUGCAAUAUAUGGCACUGAAUUUUUAUUUUGAAAAUGUAAUUAGGGUAAACACAGGGAAAAUAUGCUUUCUGACUGACACCCCGGGGUCACCUGCCGCUGCGUAGUAUAUGAUGGAGACAUUACAUCACAUUGCAUCAUAAUCACCUGCUGCACCUUUGAGGAAACUCACGUCGGACCUGACAGUGAACUUCUGCAAUAAAAAAAACUAAUUUGAUAUACUGUGGUUACGGUUAAUUGCACUGGCCAGACUAGAUGGCUUUGCGAGGAAAGAAUGCUUUUUGGGUAAUGGAGUAGCAUGCACCUCGAAUGCUGUGGGCGUCAGCUACAAGCUUUGUCCGAUGCACUACCCCCCUACUAAGGCCGUUUCCACCCCAAAACACCCAGUGACGUUUGUGUAAAUACAGCAUCAUGCACCCCUGGUGACCUGCCCACCGCUGGCAGCGCCUCCCGGAAGCCGUGCAGCUGCGCUGUCUCUGCGGUCUUGUGUUUCCUGUUUACGGGCGGGAAGAGCGAACGAUAGCUCAGCGCGGAUCGCAUCACAGUGCUGGGCUUUCUCCUUCCGCGGACUGCACGCUGCUGCUGUCUGCUGAAUUUCCAGUAACGGUGCCGCUGAUCUGCUUUUGCUCCUGAGGGAUUUUGAUACAUUUCAGUAGGUGCUGAAGUUUUUUUUUUUCGCCGCCACAAGGGAUCUGGGCUGCGAGAGCAGAUGGAGGACCAUGCGGACUCUGGUGGUGGCGGUGCCGCUGCCUUGGCGGGGCCCUCGGUCGUGGUGACCGAGGUCCGCUGCCCGGCUGCCAGCCGCCCCCUGCGCCUGCUGGAGUGGAAGGUGAAGCCCGGAUCGCUAGUUAACGUGGACUCCGUGCUGGCGCUCUGUGCCCCCGUGCCCCCGGAGCGGGAGGACGGCCCAGAGGAACGCCAGCGGCCGAUCAGGCCAUCGGAGAAGAAGGUGAAGUCAGACCGCGCCGGGGUGGUGCGGGAGCUGUGCUGCCAGCUUGGACAGCUCAUUCCCCCGGGGAGCGUGUUGGCCAGGAUAGAAGAGUGCAGCCACCCCAUCGUGAUGAAAGGCCUGUGUGCUGAGUGUGGCCAGGAUCUUACGCAGCUGCAGAACAAGAAUGGCAAGCCGCAAGUCCCCAUCUCCACAGCUACCGUCUCCAUGGUGCACAGUGUCCCAGAGCUGAUGGUCAGCUCAGAGCAAGCGGAGCAGCUGGGCCGGGAGGACCAGCAGCGGUUGCACAGGAACCGGAAACUGGUGCUCAUGGUGGACCUGGACCAGACACUCAUCCACACCACGGAGCAGCACUACCAGCGCAUGUCCAGCAAGGGCGUCCUGCACUUCCAGCUGGGCCGUGGCGAGCCCAUGCUCCACACGCGGCUUCGGCCCCACUGCCGUGAAUUCCUGGAGAAGAUCGCCAGGCUGUACGAGCUGCACGUCUUCACCUUCGGCAGCCGGCUCUAUGCGCACACCAUCGCAGGCUUUUUGGAUCCUGAAAAGAAGCUUUUUUCCCACCGGAUUCUUUCGAGGGACGAGUGCAUCGACCCCUUCUCGAAGACGGGGAACCUCAGGAAUCUGUUUCCCUGCGGAGACUCCAUGGUCUGUAUCAUUGACGACCGCGAGGAUGUGUGGAAGUUUGCGCCCAACCUCAUUACGGUGAAGAAGUACACUUAUUUCCAAGGGACAGGUGACAUAAACGCUCCUCCCGGCUCCAGGGAAGCUCAACUGAAAAAAGCCAAUCACGUUGGCAAGCCGACGGAGGGCGCCGAGCUCACGCCACUGGCCAAUAAGGAGGAGAAGAGCAAUGGCGUCCGGAAACGGUGCCGAGAGCGGCCUACUGGACGGGGCCCGGCCGAGCCGGAGGACCGGGCUGCUGGGGAUAAUGCUUCCGGGUCUCAGGAAAUCGUCGGCGAGCGGACUCCUGUUGCCGAGGAGGGGGCAGGGCCUGUGGCGGGCGCCUCAGAAGGAGGUGACACCGCAGACGCGACGGAGCCGGCCGACAGCGCGGGGGUGACGCCGGCCAUCCCUGCCAGGGGCAAGGGUGUCACAGAAAGGACUAGCAACGAUUUGGACUUCGAUCUCUCCAGCGAUAGUGAGAGCGAGCCGGGCCUAAGGAACCCAUCGCACUCGGGGAGCGAGGACGAGGGGGUGCAGGGCAGGGAGAAGGACCCCAGUGCUGGAGGGGUGAACCUGGCCGUUGGGGACUUUGGGCAGGGGGAUGCCGGGCUGUCGCUGGUCCCUCCUCAGCAGGAGGGUCUCCAGGAUCUGGACAAUGGCUGCCCCGACAGGAAGGAGGCAGAAACGGAGUCCCAGAACAGCGAGCAGUCCGGCGUGACCGUCGGCGAGGAGCAGGAGGAGGACCAGAGCGCCGAGGAAGAUGACGAGACGGAGGAGCCCGACCUGGACCAGGACGACCACUUGAUCUACCUGGAGGAGGUCCUGACCCGCAUCCACAGCGAGUACUACGCCCGCUACGAGGCCUUCCUGAAGCAGGGGAGCGAGGAGAUGCCUGACAUCCGCAAGAUCGUCCCCGAGCUCAAGAGCAAGUCCUUGGCUGGGACGGCCAUCGCAUUCAGCGGCCUCUACCCGACCAACUACCCCAUGGAGCGAACACGCGAGUGCUACCACGCCAAGGCACUGGGGGCCCGAAUCCAUAAGAACCUGCUCCUGAACCCCAAAGAUGUGAACCAGACGACACAUCUCAUCGCAGCCCGAGCCGGCACGGAGAAGGUGCGCCAGGCCCAGGGGUGUCGGCAUCUGUACGUGGUGAACCCCGACUGGCUGUGGGCCUGCCUGGAGCGCUGGGAGCGGGUAGAGGAGCAGCUCUUCCCACUGAAGGACGACUACACCAGGGCGCAGAGGAGCAACAGCCCGGCCCCCUUUCCUGACGUCCAGGGCAGGUUCUACUCAGCCUCGCUCCAGUCAGCGCCGCCCCAGCCCAAGCCGGCGCCGGCCCCAGAGCUGCGGACGUACGACCCCGUGACGGGGAAGCUCAUCCGGAGGGGCCUGCAGGCGUCACGGCCGCUCUCCUUCCAGAAUACCUCUGCAGCCCCCCUGCCGCUGCCCCUGCACGUGGCACAGUCCUCCUUCAGGCCAGCGCAUCCCCCCGCCCAGCAGGACAGGGCCCCCCCAGGCCAGGACGACGAGCAGCCGGGGCCGUCGCGAAGGAAGAGGGAGCCCAGCAUGUCGGAGACGAUGCCUCUGUACACGCUCUGCAAGGAGGACCUGGAGAGUAUGGACAAGGAGGUGGAUGACAUCCUCGGAGAGGAGAGCGAUAAUGAGAGCGAGGGAGGAAGGAAGGAGGAGAAGAUGGAGGAAGAUGAAGAUGAUGAGGAGGAGGAGGAAGAAGCUGCAGUGGCAGUGAGCGGGCAUGAUGGGAAGGAGGAUCUCGCCGAGCUGCUGAGCACGCCGAUGAAGGAGGCAACUGAGCUGCACCCAGGAGAUGGGAAGGCACCCAGGGGUCAGAAACGCAAGCUGGACGACAACGACGACGGAGACGGUAACCAGGGCGACGGCGCCGAUUCCUCCAGCGAGUCCAGUAAGGAGGAGGGCAGCAGCUCCGAGGCGGACGAGAUGGCUGCCGCCCUGGAGGCCGAACUCAAUGACUUUAUGUGACACGGCUGGGGAUGUAAACGCGCUUUUCUGCCUGAAGCAAUCGUAUGUCCAACCAGAAUGUUCCGGGGGCGAGGAGCCGAAGGGGCCCCAGAGGGGUCAAAAUGCGUGUAUAAAUAGUUAUGCAGCUAUAAUAGAUGAUUUUAGGGGUAAAAGAGUAAUUAUUGAAACACAACGGUGUUAAUGUUUUAUUGUGUAAUAAAAAAUAGAGGGAAGUUUGUGGAUUUCUUUUGUGUUGUUUCAGUUAUGAUUUUUUUAUAAGUAUAAAUAUAUGUAAAGAAAAAACGAUUGGUUGAAUAUGCCAAAGAGUUGAAAUGGGCACGUCUGAGCCUGCAGAUACAUCUAUGUACUUUACCAGCUUCAUUUUCUCCUCUUGUGAUUAUAUUUCCUUUAUAUAAAAGACACUCGAUUUACCAGCAGUGAUACUAUGACGCCUGAAUGUGUUGAAUUAAGAAUUUUUCUGUCCUUUUCCUUAAGCAGACCUCAAGAGCCUCUUAAGUAAGAAUGAAAUUAACUAAUGGAAGAAAGAAAACACUGCAUUUGAGGCCUCUGUGUUAAACUAACGCAGUCCUGACCUAACUGCAGGGGAAGCCAAUGGGGUACAAUCUUACUGACAGGUGGGUCGUGCGUUCUGGUGUAUUUCCAGCUGUUAUCUGUAGACCCGAUGCUCUGUGCCCCCCCCCCCCCCCGGCCCGCCCUGGAUGAUCACGACGGCUGUCCAGCCUAAGGGGUUUCCCGCUUCUGUACGGGGGUUGGGACAAGCUGGUUUUUGGGCUGUUUCAGGUAUUUGUCAUACUGUGCUGUGACUCCCGGUCCCCGUGGCACAUUGCCGUGUGACCGUCAGCUGCCGGCGUUUCGUGGUCUUGGCCACUUCACCUUUUGUUUGACCCCCCUCCCAUUUUUGUCUCUUUGUUUUUUAGUGCUGUGUUUACUUUUAAUGACAGAACUAAUGUGAAGUUUUUUGUAUAUUCUAUUUCAUACUUGACAAGAGAGAAAGAUUCUUUUCAUUUAAUAAA